AUGAAAAAAUAUAUGAUUUUUGAAAACUCACAAUACUCAUAUAUAAUAAAUACUAUAAAACAUGGAAACGAAUCCGAGAAGCUCGCUGCGCUGAACGAUUUUUAUGAGCAACUAAAUUUAUCUGUGGAUGGAGGAAUAAGUAAUUCACAUUUGGAAGAAUAUAUUAAUGUGUUAAUUCAUGUAAUUAAUAAACCCCAUGCAUCGUAUGAUGAUUCAUACAAAAAUACUGGAAAUAAAAAAACAUCGAAAGGAUGGGGAAAUGAUAAAAAAUUAAAUAAUGAUAAAAUAAAUGAUGUAGUAGGAGAUGGAUUAAAUAAUUUCUUCAAAAUAAUACAAGAGCAUAUAGGUGUUUAUGCUACAAGUUUUGAUGAUAUGGAUGAAUUUGAUUAUAGUGACAAUAACAAUGAGAAAGUUCGAAGAAAAAAAAAAAAUAAAAAAAAUAAUAAGAGAAAAGGUGAUAAUGAAAAUAACAAUAGUGAUAAUAAUAAAAAAGGAAAUGAAAAAUUAUUAGAAAAUUUGAACACAAAUGAAGAAGAAAAACUAGAUAAAGAAAAUAACGAGGAAGAAAAAGGAAAAGAUGAAAUAAGUGAAGAAGAGGAUGAUGAAGAAAAUGAAUCGGAGGAAAAUGAUGAAGAUGAAAGUAGCGACGAUAAUAAAAAUAAAUAUAGUAGCGAAUUUGAUUCAGAAUUUGAUAGUUCAAAUAAUUGUUCUAGUAUUACAAGUGAAUGUAGUAAUGAGUUUGAUAACGAGAAAAUGUUUAUGGAUGAAGCAUGUGCAAUUGAUGUAAAAUAUAUUAAUAUGAUAUAUACUGCUACUUGCUGUAUCUAUACUAUUUUAGAUAUAUACCCUAAUUCAAUAAAAUAUGUAAUUAAUAAUCGAGAUUGUGUAAAUAUAUUAAAUAAAAAAUUAAAUGAUAUUGAAUAUAUUGAUGUUGCUGAAGUAAUAUUAAAAAUUUUUGAAAAGCUAGUAGAAAAAGAUCCUAUGCUUAUAUUGAAAAAAAAGAGUAUUAAAUAUAUGUUAAUGCAUAUAGAUUUUUAUAAUGUAAAUAUUCAGAAAAAAAUAUUUUUUUGCAUUAUUCAAAUGAUUAAUAAUAUUAAGAAAUAUAAACAUAUUAAAAAGUAUAUCAUGCCUUAUUGUAACACAUAUGUCAAUUUUUUUCACUUCAAUUAUAUUCAUAUAUUAAAUAUUAUUUGCACUUUAUGGAGAUCAUUACUUGAUAAAAUAAUUACUAUACAAUUAGAUAAUGAUAAUAAAAUUAGAAGAAGAGCGAAUUCAUUAUUAUUAGAUGAAGAUAGAACUCGAAAUUCUCGAAAAGGGAAAAAUAAAAGCACAAAAGAAGUAUCGUCUUAUUUAAGCAAAUUGAUGGAAAAGAAGAAAAAAACGAAGAAAAAAAAAAAAAAAAAAAAACAAGGGGGUAAUGAUUCAAAUGAUAACGAAGAUAAAACUGCAAUGAAACAUUUGCACACUAAGGAAGAAAUUGAUAAAAGUUAUAAUGUUAUAGAAAUAUCAGAUGAUGAAAACAAAAGCAAUGAUAUAUCCAGUGAUAUUAGUAGUAAUAGCAAAAGUAAGAAAAAGAAAAAUUCUCAAAAAAAAAUAGCUAGUUCAAUUAGUAAAAACAAAAAAUCCAAAUUUUCCGAAAAUGAUAUGGAUGACGAUUACGGGUGUGAUAAGAAAAAAAAGAAGAAGAAAAAAAAAUCUAAUAAAAAAGAGAAAAUUGAUAAAGAAGAUAAUGAUAGCGAUUCAAAUUCCAGCUGUGAUCAAAAAGAAAAUAAAAACGAAAAAAGGAAAAAAGCUAAAAAAAAAAAAGAAAAAGAUGAUAUAUACAUUUUAGAUGAUAACAUAUCAGAAAAUGUUAAUGAAUCACAUGGUGAAGUAAAGGGUGAAGGAAAUGUUUUUCCUAUUAAUAAAAUAAAAGGCGAUGAAACGAAAAAAACUAGUAACAAUUUUGAUAAAGGUAAAGAAGAUAGCCGAAAUAAUAAGGAAGAAAAAAACAAAACAAAUUGUAUUAACAAUCAAAAUAAUCUUUUACAAAAUAUAAUUCAUUUAAAUAAUAAUGAAAGUAUAAAUAAUAAGUUAUGUACAGAAAUAGAAAGCGUAUAUAAUACUAAUAUUAGAGAUAAUAUUAUAAAAUUAUUAAUAGAAUGUAAAAUAGAGGAUAAUUUAUAUGCCUUUAUCGAAACAUUUUAUAUUAUAUCUAUACUAGUUAAUUAUAGUAAUAAUAUAUUAGAAGAUUUUUGUAACAGCGACUUUUUAGAAAAAUUUAAUGAAUUGUUUGAUAAUAAAAAAUUUAAAAACAAUAAUAUAUUGAUUAUUUAUAUUUUAUUUACUUUAUAUUCUUUUCUUCCAAUAUGCAAAAUUGAUGGAUCUGUAAUACAUAAGUAUGAAACAGAAAAUUUGUUAGGAAAACAAUAUAAAGAAGAAUCAUUAAAAAGUAGCACACAAGAAAAUGAUAUUAUUAGUAAUGACGAGUUUUGUUCCACUAAGUGUGUACCUAUGAAUUUUCCAGUGGAUGUUAAAAAAGAAAAGCUCGAUUUUUAUAAAAAUAAUUUGAAAUAUUUAAUGAAAGUUAUAAAAAUAAUUAUACCAAAUAUAUAUACCAUAUUUGAAGAAACAUUAUAUUAUGAUACAAAAUAUUUAUGUACAUCAAUACUGUUAUCGCUAUUUAUUUCUCUCUAUAAAAUAUCAUUUACAUCGUUUAACAAUCCAGAAUUCGUUCAAUGCUUAGAUUACAUAUUUAGUUAUAAUACAGAGUUAUAUUCUUUUAUAAGAUUUAGUAUUUUAAAUAAUUUAUCUGACACAUCAGCUAUUAGUGGUAUUAUUAUAUGCAAAAUUGUCGAGUCGUUUGUAAAUCUUAUAUCAACUAAUUUAAUGUAUAAAGAUUUGAAGGAAAAAUUGAAUAUAAAAAGUGAAAAUACAACUAAUGAGGCAUAUAUUAAUUUUAAUAUGAAUGAUAAAAAUAUCAGCAUUCAAGAAAAUGAUAUAACGAACCUCAGUUUUCAUGAUAAUAAACCAGUUUUUUUACAUGUACUAAUAAAUAUUAUAAAAAAUAUAUUACUAAAAAAGAAGAGAGAAAUAGCUAUCCAGGAAAACAACUCUUUUUGCAAUAGUAAUAAACAAAUUUAUAACAUUAUAUUUUUGUACUUUUAUGAUUUAUAUAAUUCUGACUGUUCAGGAAAAAAUAUAAUAAACAAUAAUAGCUAUUCCAUUCCCCAUAAUAUUUUAUAUAAUAAUCCAGAGCAUAAUGAUGUUGAUACAUCGACAAAUGGAAAAUUAUUAUUCUUUAAUUACGAAAGAGAAUCUAAAAAUGUCAAUUUAGAAUUUGGCACAAUAUUUUUAUGUUAUGAGAAUGUAAAAAAAUGCAAAAAUAAUGAUGUGUCAAACAUAUUUUUAAAAGAUUUAAUUAUUGAUGAAAUAAGCUGCUAUAAUAAUGUUGUUUUAUCUUACUAUUAUUUAAUAAACUUGUUUUAUAAUUUAUAUCGUAUGGGUGAAGAUGGAUCAAUUUAUUUUUAUCAAUACAAUAUUGCAAAAAGGUUAUAUUUUUUUUUAUUUCAAAAGCUGUUUUAUGGAAAUACAGGAAAAAAACAUACACAAAAGGUAGACAAUUGGCAAGAAAACAAUGGGGAAUAUGUUUUUAAAAACAAUACUAUUAUUAAUAAUGAAGAAUUUAUAUAUAAGGAAAAACAAAAAAAGAAAACUUUGAAAUUAUUAAAAAAUAUAGAUAGAAAUUUAAGAUUAUAUAUAUUUUUAUAUGCAUUAUUGUUUGUUAACAAUGAAAAAAAAGAGGAUAUAGUACAUGGCUUAUUUUUAAAUAGCAUUAAAAAGUUAUAUAACAUUUUAGGGAUGGUGAAAAAUAUUGAAGAAAUAAGCAAAUCCGAAAUUAAUAAUUUAGAAUCUUCAGUUUUAAAAAUUUUUGAUGUUUAUCAUUAUAAUUUAAUUACAAAUAAUGUAUCUUUUUACCAUUUUUCCAAUUUGAUUAAAUUAACAAAGGAUUGUUUAAAUAUGUUUGAUAACUUGCCUAUGCAUUUUUUCCAAGAGAAUUUAAAUGGCACAAAUAAUUGUGUGCAUACAAAUAUAAAUGAGUUUAAUACAAAUAAUAAUAAAACGCUAUGGUCAUCAAAUUCCGAUGAUUUUCCAUCGUUACAUCAGGAAAACUAUUGUGGAAAUAAUGUGUUGAGUUCAAAAAGCAGAAAAAUUAGUGAUAAUAAUUUGGCAAAAAGUUUGAAACAGCGAAAAAAAAAUAACAUUGAAGAUUCAAACAUCGAUGAGCGUGCAGAUAAUAGAGAAACAAAUAAACAAGUAGAAGGUGUUGACUUAGGUACUAAUAUUAAUGAAAAGAAACUCGAUACUUCUAUAUUUGUUGAAGAAAUUGAAGAAGAAAAAAAAAAACAAAAAAAAACUGAAGAAAAUGAACCUCCAAUAUUUUAUACUUUAAAAGGGCCAAAUAAAGAAAUAGGAAUUAAUAAAAAAGAAGAAAGUGCAAAAGAUGUUAGUUCAACAAAUACACCAUAUGCACCCCAAAAUAGUUUUCCUAUUAAGGAUAAAAAACAAACAAAAGGAAAUAAUUUUAUUGAUGAAAAAGAUAUGAGUAGUGUCAAAAAUUACAAUAAUGUGUAUUAUGUUUCUAAGGGUUCAUUUUAUGAUGCCUUAUCCAAAAAUAAUAAUAUAAGUACAAAAUAUAAUGACAAAAAAGGAAAAUGCAUGUAUAAUAAUUACAACUGUCAUUUCCCAAUUCAUUUAAGAAGAAAUGGGCUAUAUGUUGAUAAUGUAGCAAUUUUUAAUUCUUUGAACAAGGGUAUACAAUUAUCAAUGGUACAGGAUAAUAAUGACGAAGUUUCAAAUAAUAGAAUGUAUCAAGAAUUUAAUAAAAAUGAAAAUAAUGUAGUUUAUGAUUACACAAAAGGAAAAGGUGAGGAAGAAGAUAAGAGUGGUACUUUCUCAUAUAAAAGCAAAGAAAAGGAUGAUAAAAAUCGUAAAAAUGUAAAAAUAUCACAAAAGAAUUCGAAAGAUUUAAAGAUUAACAAAAUGAUAUAUACAAAAGAUAUGACAAAUAGAUUUUUAUAUUAUUCCAAAAAUGAUUUUGAUAAAUCUAAAAAUUUACAAGGAUCUUUUAACAUAUUUGAAUCAUUUAAUAAAGUUGAAAAUUAUAUAAGAAAAAAUAUUAACAAAAUUAAUAAAAAUUACAAUUCAAAAUAUUAUGGAAAAAAUGACGAUUUUAUUAUCCUAUCAAUUAAUGGAAUAAAUGUGCAUAAAGAUUCAUGCAUUUCUGAAUACUUAGUAAAAUUAAGUGAUUUAUAUUAUUUAAAUAAAAAUGAAUCAUAUAUUAAUGAGGAAAAUAUAUAUUGCAAUUUUGAAAAUUUUUAUGUUUAUAAUGAUGUAGUAGAACAUUGUAUAACCAAUUAUAAUUAUAUUAAAAAUAAUAUAAAAUAUUUAUGGAAUAAUAAUAGCCAUCAGGGUAUUUAUAAUACCAUUAGUAUAGGCAAUAAUAAACAUAACAAAAUGCACAUUAUAAAUUACAAAAUUAUUAAAAAGCGAAAACAUUCUGAACAAGCAUAUGAACAAGCUUUCUAUGAUGACGAACUUAUGAACAUAAAUAAUGAUUUAAAUAUUGUUACAAAAAAAAAAAACAAAAAAAAAAGAGAUAAUAAUUAUGACAAUAUGGAUGAUGGCAUACAAAAAAGUGAGCAUAACACAUUUUACAAAAAUAAUGAUAUAUAUUCCUAUGUCAGCCCAAGUACUUAUAAACAACUUAAGAGUAGCAUAAACACCCCAUUUUCUUGUAAAAUUAUAAAUGAUAAAUAUAAUUAUUAUAAUAUAUCUUUCGAUUUAGUUAAACAAUUGCAUAAUACUGCUGAUGAAAAUAUCGAUACGAAUGGGGGUACAGAAAAUGUUUCGGGAAAUAAUUUCCUUACUAUGCUAAAAACAAAAGCACAAAAAGAGGCUUAUGAAAAAAGCAAAAGUUUAUAUCACGAAAUUGGAACAAUUAAUGAUGCUUAUGAUUAUAAAUCUUUAAAACAUAUAAAUGGGCAAGAAUAUUAUGACGAAUUGGGAAAUGAAAAGAUAGAGAAUGAAAAAAAAACAUCACCAUAUUUACUUGACUAUUUAAAAAAUUGUUAUAUAGAUAACAAAAUGGAUUUUGAAUUUUUAGAAAAUAAUUAUGUAGAAAAUGAUUCAAUUUAUUUAUCUACAUAUCUUAAAAACGAAAUGACAAAAGUAACAGAACUUAUUCUUUUAGAUAAUCACUAUAUUAAUAAGGAUAUAAUGCUUAGUACACAUUAUCACAAUUUCAAUGUUGUUUUAGAUAAUGAAAAAAGUAGUAAUGGCAAUAUUUCAUAUGGCAGUAAAAGAAGUACUAUUGAAGAUAUUGAAAUGGGAAGAAUGUGGGAAUUUAAUUUGUAUAAGAAAUAUUAUGAAAAAAACAUGAUAUAUAAUAAUGAAGGAAUAAACAAAGAAAGUAUGGAAACAAAUCACGAUCCUUUACUUCAACAUGGAAAUAUGAGUAAACCAGGUUUUGAAGAAGAAGAAUUUUAUAUGUUAUUUAAUUAUAUGCCUAUGUAUAGCGAAAUUAUUAAAAAGGGAGUCAUAAUGAAAACAGAAAAUGAUACAGAAUGGGAAUAUGAUCAAGCAUUCUUCAAUUUAAAAAAUGUUAAAAAUUGUUUAUGUAAUAAUAAAAAAAAGAGAAAAAUGGAUAGAGAUAUAUUUAUUGAAAAUAUGUACAACUUUUUGUUAUAUAAAAUAUUAUUUUUACUUUUUAAGCAUUUUAAAAUUUUCAAUACUCAGCCACUUUUAGACUUUUAUAUGAGUAAUGAAGUCGAAAAUAAAUUGAUUUUAGAUGAAAAUAAAAUUGAAUCAAUGAAAUUACUAAACGAUAUGACAAAACAUGAAAUGAAUUUUGUGAAAUCUUUCUAUUUAUGCAAAAACAAUGAAGGACCAAACAAAUUAUUACUUGAUAUAAAUAAAAUCGAAAAAAAAGAUUUUAUAUUAAAUAGUUUAAAUAAUAAAAUAAUGUAUUAUUUGAAUAAUCCAUUAUUCAUGUUUAGUGAAAAAUUACCAUCAUGGAUAUACAAAAUAUUUUAUUUAUUUAAUUUUGUAAUAAAUAUUGAUAUUCGAUCCUUUUUUUUUGAAAUAGCAUAUUUUGGAAACUAUAGAGGUUUAUAUAAUUAUAAACAAAGAAUAAAAGAAUUAGUUGAUAAGUUUAAUGAAAAAGUAACUACUCGAAAUGGAGCAUUAAUGGAAGAACAUUUAUUAUCAGUGUGUGCAAAUUAUACUUAUAAUUCUGAAAAAAAAAAAAUAUUUAACUUUUUACAAGAUAAUACUACUUUAUCAUUACCUAGAACUAAAAUCAAAUUACACAGACAUAAAAUAGUAGAUUCAUCUUUCCGAAUAUUUAAUCAUUUACAUUAUAUAAAUUCGAAUUAUGUUACACCCUCCUAUUUAGAUAUAGAAUUUUUUAAUGAAGAGGGAACCGGGUUAGGUCCUUCUUUAGAAUUUUAUAAUGAAGUUAUUGAAGAGUUAAAAAAAGAAAAAUUAAAAUUGUUUAAAAUUGAAAAUAAUUAUCUUUUCCCUAUAUCUUAUAAAAUAGAUUUAAACAAUUUUGAUUUCAAUUUAUUAAAAAAACCUAAACAUUCUGAACUUACAAAUACGAGUAAUAAUAGUGCUAAUGACAUAGGAGCAGCUUUUUCUGGAAACCUUCACAAUUUCAAUAAUCAUCGAACAUUUGGCUCAACAAAUCAUAACACAUAUAAUUCUUCUUCGAUUAAUAAAAGAAUAAAUGGUGUUAGUGAUGGGGUACAUACAAAUAGUUACCAUUCAGUUAACAGCUUCAUAAAUCACUUUUUAUAUUCUAUGAAUUCAAAUAUGUUUAAUAAGAAUAAUAGAAAUUUGGAUAAUUUUGACGAUAUAUCAAAAAUAGGAAUUUUAGAUAAAAAAUCAAAGAAUAAAAAGAACAAAAAAAGUGGAAAAAAAAGCGGAACCAGUAAAUCUAAAAAUGUUUCCAUUACAGAUAUUAACAAUGGUAGUUUAGAAAGUGAUACUAAAAAAAAAGUAAAAAAAAAAAAAAAAAAAAAUGAUGUCAAAGAAGAGGGUGAACUUGACGAGGAUGAAGAUGUUGAAGAAAUUAAAAAUAGUUCAACAAAAAUGAGUAAAAAAGAUAAUAUAUGUCAAGAAUCAAUUAGCGAAAAACCAAAAGAUAAAAAGGGAACAAACAAUCAGGAUAGUUGUAUGGAUAACUAUUCCGAAGAUGAUAAUAAUAAUAGUGAGCAUAUAAAUAAAUCCAUUGAUAUGUCUGAUAAAACAUCAUCUUAUAAAAAAAAUAAUGAUUUUGAUAUAAAAGAUAAAAAUACAAAAAUAUCUGAAAAGAAACAAAUAAAUACAGAAAUAAAUAAAAAAAAAAGAGGUAGAAGUUAUGAUGCUGUAAAUGAACCAGAUGAAGGAGAAAAUAAGAAAUAUGUAGAUGGAAAAGAUGAUAUUAAUAUGAAAGAAAAAAUAGAGGAUCAAAGUUUUGAUGAGGAUGAAGAAAAUUAUUAUGAAGAUGAAGAGGAGUAUGGUUACGAAAUUGACGAAUAUGAUGAUGACGAUUAUUAUGACGAAUAUAGUGAAGAAUAUGAAAAAGGGGAAAAGAAAAACAAUUUGAAAAAAAAUAAAAAAGAAAAGAACUUAGAUAAUAAAGGAACAAAAAAUAGUAAAAUUAAUGAAAUAGCUGAAAAAUCAGGAAAUAAAUAUACAAUAUCCUCAGUUUCAUCUUUUGAUACAAUAAAGAAACAAAAAAAUGAUAUAAGUGUAAAAGAAGAGCAAAGCGAAAAAAAUAACGAAGUUUAUGAAGAAACUAGUAAAAAAAUGAAAAAAUCGAAAAACGAUGAAUUAGUAACAAAUAUAGCAGAAAAAAAAAUAAAAGAAGAAAUAAAAGAAGAAAUAAAAGAUGAAUAUAUCAUAGAUGACAAUAAAAGAAAACAAACCGAAAAGGGGGAUAAGGAAAGUAAAAAUGCAAAUAUUAAAAAAUAUAAAUUAUUUACAAAAGAUUUUGAAGAACAUUUCUUGAAGGAAGAUAAUAUAGAAAUGGAAAAAAAAAAUGAAAGCUCUACAAAAAAAAAUAAUGAUACAAAUAAAGGCUUUAAUUUAGUAAAAUCUGAAACUCAGGAUAUUAUUAAUUUGCUCUUUAGUGAAAUGAAUAAUAAAUCACCUUUGGAUAUGGGAUACAAUAGUAGUGUCAAUAAAAAUACUAAUAUGGCGGAAAAGGAAAAUGAACGAAAACAAGAAGAAAUCGAACCUACACCGAAAAAAACAAAUGAAACAAUAAAUAAAAAGGGAAAUUCAAAAAAUAAAAAAAGCAUAAGUACAGAUCAAGAUACAUUAGAGAAUAGGUUAUUUAAAUAUUUCAAAUUGUUAGGCCAAUUAUGUGCAAAAAUAUUAACAGAUAAUCGAAAUGUCGAUAUUAAUUUACAUCCAUUAUUUUGGUACCUUGUAAUGAAUAACUCUGGGUACAUCAACAUGUCAAAAUUGCACCACUAUCAAUCGGUUGAUGCAGUAAACAUGAAUAGUAUAAAUAAACUAUUAGAAUACCGAAGAGAUGGCAAAAAUGUUGAAGAUUUACACCUCGAUUUUACACUAUUAGGAACUACGCCACCCGUUGAAUUAAUACCUGAUGGUUCGAACAUACCCGUAACCAAUGAAAACUUAGAUUUGUUUAUAAACAAAACAAUUCAAUAUUCUUUAUAUGAGGGAAUAAAAUUUCAGGUAUGGGCAUUUCGCUUCGGUUUUAGUACUAUAGCGCCAUUAAUAUGUACAAAUAUUUUUGACGAAGAAGAAAUAUGUGAGUAUUUAUUUGGAAGUAGUAUUAAUAAUGAUGAGUAUUGGACAAUAUCUCAUUUAUCAACUUAUAUUAAACCUGAUCAUGGGUACACAAACGAUUCAAUUACAUUCAUCACGCUAAUCGAGAUAUUAUCAGAAUUUGACUGUAAUGAAAGGAAAAUGUUUCUUAAAUUUUGUACCGGAACUUCUACCUUACCUAAUAAUGGGUUUUCAGCCUUAAAGCCAUUAAUGAAAGUUGUUAAGAAAGAAGAUAAUAAUGAUUUACCAAGUGUUAUGACAUGUACAAAUUAUUUGAAAAUUCCAGACUAUAAAAACAAAGAAAAAUUACGAAAUCGACUAAUGUAUGCCAUCAAUGAAGGCCAAAAUAAUUUUUCCUUAUCAUAG